AUGAGAGAUGACUACACUGAGUGGGAACGCUUCUCCCAUCCGGACCCGGACGAGGAAGACCCUCCGACUCUGGACGAAGUUCAAAUCCUGCGAGAAUUUGCCGAGUCCUUCGGCACAGCCAAUGCCAUUGCAGCAGAGGAUACUGCUCGCCAACUAAUGUCGCUCGUCGAAGAGGGCCGCGUGGUUGAGAAGCGCCAGAACAACGUCGUGGACAAAGGCGAACGCGUCUCCUGGUUAUUAUGGGAUGCUGCUAUCGACAUGCCGCGCUACCAGCCUGCUAUUCUCAAGUUAAUUGAGGCGAUCCGCACGCUGCCUCAGCUGGAACGAACCGAGGAGCAGAUUCGCACCGGCUGUUUCGAGGACCAACUAGAAACCUGGAGGUCCUUGGAGGCAUUCGAUUACAUUUGGUCGGAGACAUAUUCCCGCUGUUGGGAGAUGAGAUACGGCCCAUAUCCCUAUUACGGGUGGACUGACUUCCACAACGCCAACGCUUUUUAUGCGCACUUUCUUGCCGCUUAUCCUCCCGAAUCUCCCGAUCUCAGGGAGUUAACCGUGGCAUUGCGACUGAUCGUAUUCGCCCUUGAGCAGGAUCCAUGGACCCAUGCCCAACAACCUCCGCCGCAGUGGCAAGGCCACCGCUAUCGGGACACUGGUCGCCCUACUGAUUAUAUGCAAAUGCUGAAUGUGAGUGAGAAUGAAAGGCCAUGA